ACUCUUAAGAGCUUACUUUUUGUGUGUGAAAACUUCAGCUGCAGCCUCCAGUUUUUGACGGAGUGACGCAAAAAGACGACUAACUUCCAUCUUUGUUUGAGACUUUAAAUACUACUCCGCAGCAACCAUGUUUGAGGCUCGCCUGGUGCAGGGAUCCAUCCUGAAGAAGGUGCUGGAGGCUCUGAAGGAUCUGAUCACAGAAGCCUGUUGGGAUGUCAGCUCGUCUGGGAUCUCUCUGCAGAGCAUGGACUCCUCUCAUGUCUCUCUGGUGCAGCUCACCCUGAGGCACGACGGCUUCGACUCGUACCGCUGCGACAGAAACCUGGCCAUGGGGGUCAACCUCAGCAGCAUGUCAAAAAUCCUGAAGUGUGCAGGAAACGAAGACAUCAUCACUCUCAGAGCAGAAGACAAUGCAGACACACUGGCCCUUGUGUUUGAGACACUCAAUCAGGAGAAAGUCUCAGAUUAUGAGAUGAAGUUGAUGGACCUGGAUGUAGAGCAGCUGGGUAUUCCAGAGCAGGAGUAUAGCUGUGUGGUGAAGAUGCCCUCUGGGGAAUUUGCCCGUAUCUGCCGUGACCUGUCCCAGAUUGGUGACGCCGUCAUGAUCUCCUGCGCCAAGGAUGGAGUCAAGUUCUCUGCCACAGGAGAGCUGGGCACAGGAAACGUCAAGCUGUCCCAAACCAGCAACGUAGACAAAGAGGAUGAGGCAGUCACCAUUGAGAUGAAUGAGCCCGUCCAGCUGAUCUUUGCCCUCAACUACCUGAACUUCUUCACCAAGGCCACGCCGCUGUCCAAGACGGUCACCCUCAGCAUGUCUGCUGAUAUCCCCCUCGUGGUGGAGUACAAGAUCGCUGAUAUGGGACAUGUCAAGUACUACUUGGCGCCAAAGAUCGAUGAAGAGGCUUCUUAAGUAGUUUUAUAUCUGAACCAAAAGGGAGAAUAGAGAAAGUGUUCAACUGGGACUCUUCUUGGGUGAUCUGAAGGUAUCUCGUUGUUUUAUUGAUCACUCUUGAGGGUUCUGGUGCCACAUGGUGAAAGGUGCAGUUUCAACUUGUAUUUACAGUCAGCGGUACGAGUGAUGUCAUCACUGUGAUGAAGCGUCAGUGAUUGGACUGAUGCUCUGAGCGGCUGGCUGUGGUCCAAACAGCCCGGUGUAAAUGUCAGCACUUAUUCACCCCACAGCUCUGUGUGUCCCUCUAUUUUUGCCUGUUUUGGAAAAGUAUAUUUCAAGUAUCUCAUUCCUUGUAGAUAACACAUUUGUAAAUAAUUUCUGUGGUUUCGCACUGUCAGCCAACCCCAAAUGUUUUGUAUUCAUUGAUUCAGUCCAAAAUAAAUGAUUCAACUUGUUUCCAACA